AUGGGGUGCAAGAACUUAAUUUCGUUGGUGCUAAUAGCAACUUUGAUCACAAAAGAGGUUUUAGCAACACAACAUGUUGUUGGUGGAAGCCAAGGUUGGGAUCCAUCCUCAGAUUUUGAUUCAUGGAGUUCAAGCCAAACAUUCAAAGUUGGAGAUCAACUUGUUUUCAAGUACUCUUCAAUGCAUAGUGUGGUUGAACUAGGUACAAGGUACUUCGCAUGUGGUACUUUAGGUCAUUGUGGUCAAGGCAUGAAGGUGAAGAUCAAUAUAGUGAAAGGGAAUGGAUCUUCUUCUUCUGUGUCAUCACCGUCGUCGUCACCAUCAUUGUCGUCUUCUUCUCCUACUUCUACUGAUGCAUCUUCAGCCUCACAAUACUUUGCAUCUCUUAUGCUCAUUGUAACACUAUCUUUUGUCACAAUGAUUUCUCUGUUUUAA